AUGGACGAAGGAACGGAGACGGUAGGCAUCGAUAAGCCCGGACGCCGUCUGGUGCUCUGCUUCGAUGGCACGGGAAACCAGUUCAAGGGCAAUGAAUCCGACUCCAACGUGGUGAAAAUUUACCAGAUGCUAGACCGUUUCGACAAGCGUCAAUUCCAUUACUAUCAACCCGGUAUUGGAACAUUCAGCGUGGGCACAUCUAGCGGAAUCACACUGUUCAGCCGCAUGCGUGCCAAAAUCAGCGAAGUCAUCGACAAAGCCAUCGGCACAACGUUCGAAUACCAUGUCAGCAGCGGUUACCGUUUCUUGAUGCGCUACUACAAGCCAGGUGAUGAUAUCUACAUCUUCGGCUUCUCGCGUGGCGCCUACACGGCUCGCUUCCUGGCCGAGAUGAUCGAACACGUCGGUCUGUUGUCUAGAGGCAACGAAGACAUGAUCAGAUUCGUGUACAGCGCUUUCUGUAAAUCGCAAGUCUCCAGAGGCAAGCCACACAAGACGGCCAAGGAGCUGGAGGUCGAAGAAUACUUGCAAAAGCUGAAGACUACCUUCUGCCGUAAGGAGGUCGGGGUCUUCUUCUUGGGUCUGUUUGAUUGUGUGAACAGCGUGUCAACACUCGAGAUCCCCUUCUCUUCACACCCAUACCGAUACUGUGCUCCAUCACCGGCCAAACACGUCCGUCACGCCUUAUCCGUCCACGAACGUCGUCUCAAAUUUAAGCCUGCCCUAUUCACGUUUGAAUCCGAGGAUACAUCCGCCACGAUCAGGGAAGUCUGGUUCGCAGGCAACCACUCUGACGUAGGGGGCGGGUUCCCCUACGAGCGGAACUCACGCUACCUCUUGUCCGAUAUUCCUCUGGCCUGGAUGCUGGAAGAAGCCCUGUCGGUGACAGACGCCCCGGCUGGACCGUUAACGUUCAACGACUACCAUCCCGAGGCAGUAAACCGACUCAAGGCGAUUGAGGCUAUCCUGAAGGCGCGGGCCGAAGCGAACGACGGGCCUGGAGCAUCGGGAGUCACACCAGAGGGCGAGGUAGCUCACUUUAAACACCAUGAUUCCCUCAUCAUCGGCCGUGGAGCUGGCUGGUACAUGACCGUCAUAUGGUGGUUUAUGGAACUGCUGCCGGUCUUCACCCGUCUCGAGCUGGAAGAGCACCAGUGGAAGCCGCGGUACUGGCCACCCAACUGCGGUGCACACAGAGACAUCCCGACCGAUGCCACACUGCACCAUACCGUCGAGCAGAUGCACAAGGCUGGCGUGCUGAAGAAGAUGCCCAAGCUGGGCGGAGACGGGGCGCCGCUGCUGAGUGACCCCUUGAUCGUGCUGAUGGCGCCUCCAGCUGUUCCACCGGCGGGCGCAUCCUAUACUCAUGUCCUCGCCUCAUCUCAUCAUCUCAUAGUCUUCUUCUUCAUCUUCAUGUCCUCAUCUCAUCUCAUCAACAUCGUCUUCAUCGUCUUCUCAUCAUCUCGUCUCAUCUAUGACACAGCGCAUUCUUCACAUCGACACCUCGCUGGUACAGACCGCAAGACGAUACAUCCGUGCUAUUUGCGCGCGCGACCAGAAGCCAUGGAAUCGUCCUCUGGCCUGCGUCGGAAGGACACCACCAAGGGUCCCCCUCUACGAAUAUUAUCACUCGACGGCGGCGGAGUGAGAGGAUACUCGAUGCUCAUCAUUCUCCAGGAGCUGAUGUACCGAACCUAUGUCGAAUGCGAAGGCAAGGCCCCCCGCCGUGACCAGAUCCCUAAGCCAUGCGACCACUUCGACCUGAUAGCAGGCACAGGCACCGGCGGACUCAUAGCGCUCAUGCUGGGUCGCCUACGCAUGGAUAUCGAGACCUGCAAGGAGGUCUACAUCCGCAUGACUCGCCGGGUGUUCGAAACUGAUAAGACAAUCGCCGGCAUCCCGUAUCGGACAACGCUGUUCAAGGCUUCGAAGCUGGAAGAUGCGAUACGCCAGUGCGUGCGUGAGCACACGGUCGACGAAGAAGAAGGAAAUGACGGGACUGCGAUGACGAGCGCGAAUCCGUUUAUGCGGAGCGGGUAUGUCGGUUCGACCAGCACGCUACAACGGAGGCUGAGCCGGUCGAGCGUGAGUACGGCCAAUACUUCGGUUCCUACAUCGCCUGUGAGCAAUCGAGGGCCACCGACCGGGCAUAUGUGGGGGGAUCCGAAUGCGAAACUGUACGAUAACCGGGAGAAUCGCACCAAGACUGCCGUGACAGCAGUCUACAAGGGAACACCGAAAUCUGGCUCUUCUACACUCCUCCGCUCGUACGACUCCCGCCGUGAACCUCCUCCCGAAUUCAACUGCACGAUCUGGCAGGCCGGACGUGCCACCUCUGCCACCGGACUGGCCUUCAAACCCAUCCAGAUCGGCCAGCAUCUCUUCCUCGACGAAGGUGCCGGCAAAUACAACCCUAGUCCACAGAUCCUCGACGAGGCGGUGGUAAACGAAUGGCCGGGCCGUGAAGUGGGCGUCUUCAUCAGCAUAGGCACAGGCAAGAGACCACAGGGUUCGACCGCUCCCGCACACGAAUGGUGGGAAGAUGUAUUCCGAGACUCGCUGGGCAACUUUGCAGAGGCCAGGAGACGGCUGGUUGCGAAGAUCGAAGGCUGCGAGGCCACACACCAGUUCAUGCUCAAGGACCACCUGGUCAAACGCAACGUGCCGCGAGAGGUCUACUAUCGUCUCAACGUCGAAGUCGGUGUCGGCGAGUUUGGGAUGAACGAAUGGAGCCGGCUGGCGGAAAUCAGCACGAGUACGCGCAUGUACCUGGCAAAGAAUGAGGUGCAGCGCAUGAACUACGAGGCAGCUGUUAAACUGGCCAAGGUCGAACGCAUGCAUCGCCGGAUAGAGUCUCAUUCUGCUGCUGUGACGGCAAACGAAAGCCUGGAAGAGCGCAAGAACCGGCCUGUUCCUCCAAUACCUUCGCAAGCUGCUCAGUCCCCGUCGAAGCAGCAUGUCUUUGAGCUCCCUGCCAUCGAACUACCGGCUGACGACGGCCAGCAGCCACAACAACAUCCACGACCAAAUACGGCACAGAGCUCGACGGCGGUCAGCUUCUCGUCCCACGACGACAAAUUCACCGUCCUCCCCGGCGCCGAUGCAGACGGUCGAGACCUCCCGGAACCAGUCAACUCAGGUGGCCGUCGCAGCUCCGAUGUGCUGCCUCCUUCGCCGGCCCGUCAGAGCCUGGAUAGACCAUCUCCUCACGGCUCCCCUCGCGAGAGCCUAGAUGCUUUCCAACCGCUCCAACCACGCAAUCCACCACCGCCCUUACCGCCCAAGACACCCAUUCCGUACCCUGUUGGCAGCAGCGAGAAUGUAACUGACGGCAACGGGGUGGUGUCGAUGCCCAUCCCUCCCCGGAACCCAGACAGGCCAGUCUCUAUCAUUGGCUCACCGCGGAAGUAUAAGCUGCCGUACCCAGAUGACGGACCGCCACCGGUGAACCGUACGAGGAAGCCUACAUAUAAUACUUCCCGGUGA